CUCUAUUUCCAUUUCCCUCAAACACAUACUAGACAAACACACUUAUUUCCCACCUCACCUAAUAAGCUCUCUCCAAUGGCUUCUUCCUUCCCUUCCUUUCUCCUCAUUCUUUUCUUCCUCUCUUCCUCUAUCAGCAUGGCUACAGCCAGGCCCCCUCGCCCUGGCUACCGCCCGAGCUACCGGUUCAGAUCAAUGGCUUUCUACAGAGGUUACAGAACACUCUGGGGUCAGUCCCAUCAAAGAGUGGACAGAAAUGGAGUCACCAUUUGGCUGGAUAGAACUUCAGGAAGUGGGUUCAAGUCAGUGAAACCAUAUCGAUCUGGGUAUUUUGGCACUUCCAUUAAGCUCCAAUCUGGCUACACCGCUGGAGUUAACACUGCUUUCUAUCUCUCCAACAGUGAAGCUCAUCCAGGGAACCACGACGAAGUGGACAUUGAGUUCCUGGGCAAGACAUUCGACGAGCCUUACACUUUGCAGACCAACGUCUACAUUAGGGGAAGUGGGGAUGGAAGGAUCAUCGGGAGGGAGAUGAAGUUCCAUCUCUGGUUCGAUCCCACCAAAAAUUUCCACCACUAUGCCAUCAUCUGGAACCCCAGGGAGCUCAUAUUCUUGGUGGACGAUGUGCCAAUAAGGAGGUACCCGAGGAAAAGCGCGGCGACGUUUCCACUGAGGCCGAUGUGGGUAUACGGUUCCAUAUGGGACGCAUCGGCUUGGGCGACGGACGACGGCAAGUACAAAGCGGACUACAGGUACCAGCCAUUCGUGGCGACCUACAAGAACUUCAAGGCCAACGGGUGCACUGCCUACGCGCCGCGGUGGUGCAGGGCGGCCACCGCGUCGCCGUACCGGAACGGCGGCAUGACCCGGCAGCAGUACAGCGCGAUGAGAUGGGUGCAGAGGAACCAUAUGGUGUACAACUAUUGUUGGGACUCGUCGAGGGACCGUUCCCUAACGCCGGAGUGCAGAAUGUGACAACAACAACAAAAAAAAACACACACAAAAAGGGGGCAUAUUUGGGGAAAAUGGAAAUUAGUCAAAUUUGUCUUGGUGGGGGAAAUAUUGGGUAUUGGGAUCAUGUCAUUUUCACAAGUGUUAUAUGUUUUUAUUUUUAUUUUUGGGGUGGUAAUAAGUUAUGUUAUAUUUUUUUUUUUUAAGUAUAUGUGUCCUUGUACUUGUUGUGGGCAGCAUUAUUGAAGAAGGGCAGUUGGGAUAUUGAGUUUUAGUGGGUGAAUGAGAAUUGGGUAAAUCAUUUUUCUCUCUGUAUUUCUUUGUUAGUUUACUUACUUUGUUGCUGUAUUUUUUUUUUUUUUCCUCCCUUGCCAUUAUUGGUGGUAGUGGUAUUAUUGUGUACAUUAAAUGAGCAGAAUAAGAAGAGGGAAGAAUUAACACAAAUACUAUGUUUGGGAAGGGGUGUAAAUGGAAGGGGGUGCAAGUUUGGAGGGGUAAACACAAGUUCCAAGGUGUUUACCCCCGUUUGGUUAUUUUGUAACAGUAGGGGGGUGCAAAACGUGAGCGUAAAUUCACUGUUUCGGCUUACCCCCCAAAUUGGGGUGCAAGGGAAGGAAGGAAGGGAGGGGGAAGGGGGAGGAGGAGAAUUAUGAAUUUUUAAUUAGAUUAUAAUUACAUAAUAAUUAAUAUUAUUAAUUUUUUCUUAUAUCUAUAUUAGUGUAGAAGUUGUUUGGGGUUGACCGUUUGACUCAGAGAGCAAGUUUGUCAAUGUUCGCCUCGUCAAAUCGAUAUCUCUUAGUUGACCCGAAUUUGCAUUGAAAAUUAGAGAUAAGAAGCAUUUGUUGAAAAGAUAGAGAGGAACAGUUUAGUUAACUCGAUUUACUUUAAUAAGUAGUUAAAACUUACAGAUUCGAACGUGUUUGACUAAGUUUGACCAUAUUCAAUUUAAAGUUAGGCACGAGAACCCCCUUAGGAUGACCAGUUACGAGUUGGAUUUCGAGUUUCGAGGUUGCUCGACCAAUGAUUAUUAUUGUUGCUAUAAAUAAUUAUAUUUGAGCAUUAUUAUAUAAUAAUUAUUUUUAUUAAAAUUAUUUUUAUUUAUUAUUUUUAUUUAUUAUUUUUAUUAUUAUAUAUUGAAUUUUCAUGUUAUUAUUUUGUGAUAAUAUUUUAUAAAUUGAUAAAUCUAUUUUAUAAUAAUAUAAUUACUUACUUUUUACUCUAUUUGCACCCCCCUACUUUUUCAUCCAAACAACAAUUUACCCCUCCACUUACACCCUCCACAAAGUUGCACCCCCCAACAAUUUACCCCUCAACUUGUACCCCCCUCGAACUUGCACCCCCCUUGUUGCCAAACAUAGUGAAAGGGAAAUCUCAUCUGGAAAUGAAGGAGUUAGGGGCAGGUAGUAAAAGAACAGAGAUUGCAAUAAAUGUGACGUAGUGAGAGACUAAAUUGAUGAAAGAAAAGAUGGGAGGAGAGUGGAGAAGAAUGGGAAAGGGGGGAUGGGGUCAUUCUAAAAGCCAUCAUUUCGGUGCAUGGGAUAAUGGGCAUUCAGAUUCAAGUUGUGUGUCUAUGCAUCACUCCCUAGUCCCUUCCUAUCUCUCUCUCCCAAGCUUGUCGAACCGGUUUAUACCGUUAUGCUGGUUUGGCAAGUGAAAUGAUACGACCGGCGGUAUAACCAGUUUGUACUGAUUCAUGCCGGUAAAAAAAAAAGUGAAAACAAUUGAUAUUCAAUGUAUUUAAUCAUAUAUAAAAUAUAUUGGUGGACAAUUUAGUUACAAUCCAACAUAUAUCAUCAACUUUUAACCAUUAAAUUCAUAAAAGUGAAUAAUUAAAUAUUUUUUAUUAAAUAAAUUUAUUAAAAUGAU